GGCAUGCGGAAAGCUUGGGACUUUGUUCGUGUCAGUACCUUGAGAUCAUGGUGACUUUACAAUCUGACCAGAUGUAAUGUAAUCAUUGAUUUGCCUGACUUAUUCUUGAAUGAGAUUAGUGCUUCACUGAAUAGUAUUUAUUUGGCCACGAAAUCUGGACUAAACGCAGGAUUCAGGUUCGUGUCUUCCAGACCCUCUCCAUCUGUCUCUUCCUUUUUUUUUCUUUGCCUUUCUCCUGUGUCAUCAUUUUCAUCUGAAUGCAGCAGGCUUUGCCUCGGAUUAGUAGAGUAGCUAAGAGGGUUCAGCGAAUUGCAGCCCAAAUCAUCCCAAUGGCUCAGAAAUGCAGUUCAUCCUCCACGCAGAAAGAUGGUGCUGUUACAGCAGCAAUUCUCAUCAUAGGAGAUGAGAUCCUCAAGGGUCACACUGUUGACACUAACAGUGCCUUCUUGUGCCGUGGACUUCGCAAGCUUGGCGUCACCGUAGAGCGAAUCACUGUGGUCCCUGACAUCCAGGAAGUCAUUGCUAAAGAAGUGGCACAGCUUUCCUCCUCCGUUACUCACCUCAUCACAUCCGGUGGCAUCGGUCCCACCCAUGACGAUGUCACUUUUGAGAGUGUUGCUAUGGCAUUUGGCGAAGGCCUGCAUGCUCACCCUGAACUGACAAAGCUAGUAGAGGGGUUCUUUGGCCCGGUCACUUCCAACAGUGCCCAAAUGAAGCUGGCCAUGGUUCCCAUUUCUGCCAAACUCAAUUUUGGCAUAGACCCUCAGACAGGCCAGCGAAAUCGCUUCCCACUAGUCAGUGUCCGCAAUGUAUAUAUAUUUCCCGGCAUCCCCUCUCUGCUGGAAAAAUCUUUCAGUGGCCUUACCCAUCUUUUUUCAGGUUCUGGUACCACCUUUCACACCUGUGAGGUGUUUGUGAAUGCGGAUGAGACUGAUAUCGCCCAGUGUCUAACAAAACUGCAGGCAGAUUGGGGCAAGCGCGUCUCUCUGGGCUCUUACCCAGACUGGCUUAGUAAUUAUCACCAUGUCCGAUUGGUUUUGGACUCUGACAGUGCAGAAGAAGUGGAACGGGCAAGAACUCAAUUGAUAGAAGAGCUGCCUGAAGGAUCUGUGGUUCCUCUUGUCACAGACCCAGUGUCAGUCGCAGCUGAAGAGGUGUACGCGCUCUCGAAAAGUAAGACCGUGCUGGGGAAGAAAGUAGCUGCAGCAUUGGGGACCAUUGAGAUGGCACUGGAGAAAUACUCGACUAAUGAAAUCUGUGUUGGCUUCAAUGGUGGCAAGGACUGCACAGCUCUACUGCAUUUAUAUUAUGCUGCUCUGAAACGGCGGUAUCCAGAUAGUAGAGACAAAUUGAAAGCUCUUUACAUUCGAAUUGUCUCUCCUUUUCACGAAAUGGAGAGGUUUUUGCAGGAUACAAUCAAAAGAUAUGACCUGGAGCUGUUCUCAGUAGAGGGCAGUAUUCAGCAGGCUCUGCAUGAGGUCCGGGAAAGGAGGCCAGAUUUACAGGCUGUUCUGAUGGGAACGAGACGGACCGACCCUUACUCGCUCACAUUGACACCCCUCUGUCCCACAGACCCUGGCUGGCCGGAAUACAUGAGGGUCAACCCACUGCUGGAAUGGACAUAUCAUGACAUCUGGUCUUUCCUCAGAACCCUGUAUGUGCCCUACUGUAUUCUGUAUGACAAAGGAUACACUUCUUUAGGGAGUAUGGAUAACACAUGCAGGAAUCCAUCUCUUAAAGUGGUGGAUGAGAGAGGGGUUUCUCGCUACAAACCUGCCUACAAGCUGGAAAAUGAGGAGGAGGAGCGCAACUCAAGGGCAUGACUGACAUCUUAGACAUCCUUAUUUGUUUUUUUUAAGAGGCAAUUGACACGUGCAACUGAGGACAUUUUUAAGAAGGAACUGAAUCUAAACUACACUAUCAGAAACAGUUCUUGAAAAAACUUGUGGUUUGUGUUUGCUUACCGUCUAUGUAUGUUGGUGCGUAGAAAAGUGAGAAAUGUAACUAUGCUGUUUUUAAGAAUUAUA